GAAGAAGUAUGUGAAUGUCAUGAGAUCUACUAAGACAAAAGAAAAAUGCCCAAAAUGUCAAGCGCCAUAUUCUGUCGAAACUUUAAGUGUCAAGAGAUUUAUUGACGAUAUUGAAGCUUGGAAUAAGGAUAAUACUAAAUUCAUUGGUGGCACUCUGAUCGGUUUAAAGGAUGGCUCAUAUUCAGAACAGUCUGCAGUCAAAGAUUCUAAUUUAUUAUUCUCCACUAAUAGCGUUCACAUUCGUAAACUUACAAACUUAGGAUCAACAAAUUGGAACCGAUACAACUGGAAAUAUGUUAUCAAACAAAUUGAUCUUCAGAAGAAAGGUUUGAAAAAGGAAAGUCAACUUAAAAAUGCAAGAAAGAAAAUUGUUCAGAGAGUCUUACUUUCUUAUACUGGAAUUCAAUUACCAUUCUCAAUUGAGCUGAUUAGUGCCAUUCAUAGACAACGUGAAUUCACAGGAAAGAUGGUUAAUAAUAAAUGGAUUAACUGUAUAAACGUUCAAAUCAAUUCUACCGUCCGAUACCAUAAAUUCUUAUUGUUAAUGAAAGAACAAACAAAUACUUUACUCGUUCCCACUCUUGAAAUUGACCUUGGUUGGCAUACGCAUCAAAUUCAUGCUUCACUUUAUCGUGCGUUCACUCAGAAACAUUUAGGUCGACUCGUUAACCAUAAUGAUAAUUUGGAUAAGGGAAAAUUGUCAGACGGGUUUGCAAGUACAGCUCAAGCUUGGUAUAAGAAGUAUAAUGAACCAUAUACGCACGUGAACCCAUCAAAAUAUCGGUUAACCACCAAAAAAAAGAUCUUGUCGGUUAUUAUACCACCUUAUGGCCUUUCAGUUCUUUAUCAAUUGAAAAAAUAUAAAAAAGAAAAUGCUACCAAAGAAAACCUACGUGAUUCCAACAUAGGAACAUCAGAUAAAAACAAUUCUCAGACCGACAAAAAAGAUGAAAAGAGAUACUCUGAAACAUGUGGAGUUGUUGGGUUCACGGGUGAAGGUGGUGAUUGCGGUGGGUGUGGAGAAUACAGUAGUUGCGAAGGAUGCAUAUUCUACAGUCCUGUGAUUAAUUUUCCUAAUUCGAUAAUGAAAAUAUGUCUACGAUUUGAUAUAUUAUGA